AUGCGUAAUUAUCUUUACCAACGCCUCCUGUUGGCUAUUCCCACGCUGUUUGGCGUGACCGCGCUCAUAUUCAUUGCUAUGCGCGUUUUGCCCGGAGAUCCCCUUCUCGCCAUUUACGGGGAGUCCUCCGGGCUGCACAUCCUCACCGAGGAAGAGUUGAAGGGAGCACGGGAGAGCCUGGGCUUGGACAAGCCGCUAUACCUCCAAUACGCGAGUUGGAUUGGGGAUGUGCUGAAGGGCGAUUUCGGCAGGUCAUUCUGGCAGGACAGGCCCAUCAGGGACACCAUACUGCGACGCGGCCCCAUUACGGCUGAAAUUGCGGUGAUCGCUGUAGCACUCUCUUGGAUAAUCGGGUUGCCUGUGGGCUUGAUUGCGGCGGCGUGGCGAAACACGUGGAUCGACUAUGUGGUUCGUGUGGUCGUUACGUUCUUCAUGGCUGUGCCGAGCUUCUGGCUGGGCCUCACACUAAUUCUUGCUACCGUACUCAUCUGGCAGUGGAGGCCGCCCCUGACCAUAAUCCAUCUAUGGGACGACCCUUGGGGCAACUUGACGAUAGUGAUAGGCCCCGCUGUCGUAAUGGCAAUCAAUAUGGGGGCCGAGCUUGCCCGCAUGAGCCGAGCCACUCUUUGGAAGUCUUCAGCGAAGACUAUGUGCGCACCGCAAGGGCCAAAGGGCUGGCUGAACGCCUGCAUUCAAUUGGCGUUCCUGCUGGGCGGCUCGGUUGCGGUCGAGCGCGCCUUCGCCGUUCCCGGACUUGGCACAACCCUGGUGAACGGCAUAGCCGAGCGCGACUGGAUGAUUAUCCAGAAUGUUGUUCUGCUGUACGGAAUCUCUUUCGUGAUAAUCAAUCUGGGCAUUGAUCUACUUUACGGCCUGCUGGACCCGCGAAUUCGCUAUCAGUAG